UGCUAAUGUCUCGCUUGGCUUUUUUUGGCAAGGGGUCGUAAGGUCAGAUUCGGAAUAUAAUCAUUUGUAUUGGAGACGCAUACGAGAACGCGGACGUCGCGCGAGUUAAAUUGCGCCGAUACUUACAUCACUGGUAGUAGGAUCGAGAGCUACGAGACUGCAUCUCGCUUCCGGCUCGAGAGAGAGAGAGAUUUUAGCAUUCGUCAAGCAUUCGUCAAGCAUUUGAAUCCAUAAUUGGCGAAUAUCGUUUCGAUCAAAUCUAGAUCAUGGCCGAUUUCGGUAUUUCUCCGAUGAUGCAUUUCGGCUUCAGUUUUGCGCUUACGACAUUCUUGGUCCCUCUACUCGUUACCUCGUAUGUAGUGGUGACGUGGACGAGAAAAUGUUGGAUUCGCUUCGUAAAAUGGAAGUAUCCGAAUCAUGUCAUUGUGGAAAGAAAUAGUAUUCGAAGUAUUUUGGACCAGGGACGUAAUCACGGAAUAUGCACGCUUCUCGUGCAAGGACGUUCGAUCGUGAAGGGCGUGAGAAAUCACUUGACGCAUCUGACCUCGACGAGAAAAUUCCUUAAAUCGGCUCUUUUAACUCGAUGGGCCGUGUACGUGUGGAAAGAACUCGAUUAUUUUUCCGUGGACAAUCAUCUCGCAAAUUCAUCGUGCUCCUUUCGAGGUCGUCCUAUUACCGAGAGUAAUAUACAGGAUUACAUAAGCGACGUUACAUCGAAAUUUCUUCCGAAAAAAUUACCGCCUUGGCAGGUGCACGUAAUCAGCUACUUGGCGCGAGGAGAAGAGCGUCAGAUAUGUCUCGUACGAGCGCAUCACUUGUUGCUACGGCAGGAACAUCUAACUCUGGCGGAUUUUUUGCCGCUGAAAUAUUCGACGGACAACUGGACUUGUCAAGAGAGCGACUCGCCCUUUACGAAUCUGUAUGCCCAGCCCUCCGCUCUACCGCGCCUCCGACAAAUGCUCAUCGAGAGCUUCAGCAACUACUGGAAUGAUUUUCUUUACAAUAACGAUCCCAUCGAACGACCGGAAAUCCUAAAGAAACGUACAGGAGUAUUUCAGUGCAUCAAGAUCGCAACGAUAGUGCUGAUUUGCACUCUGAAAGAAUUGGCCAGACAGUGCCGAAAGUCGGAAGGGCUAAAGUUCCUGGAGCUCCUGUCGAUUGUCCGACGUGAAUCGAGCAAGAGAAAUUUCAAUAUUCACUUGAUAUUCGACUCCGUUGUGAGAUCUCUCAACCCGAUCGACAUUCUUUACUCGUGCGUCGCUCUAUCCUGGUACACGAUGGUUACUUUGUCUUUAAAGACGCCUCUCUUACUCGUUCGAGAAUUGCGAGCUUUACAAUCGCGGCAGAAACAUUGCUACCCGGAUACCUUGACGUAUACGCUAUCGUGUUACCUUCCUCUGACAUUCCAAGCGAUUCGGGAGACGGUGUCUGUUACCUGGAUAGCCGUAACAGCCCCCAAGAUCAUUAUGGAGGAAUUGUUUUUCAAGCAUCCUCAAUCGAAUCAGCUGCAAACCAUCUCACCAUGCGGUAGAAAGGUAGUGGCUUGGUCAGAGGAAGUCGACGUUGAACUCGUACGAAAAAUUGCUAAUGUAACUGGCGCAACGGAAACGGAGAUUCUUUUGGCGGCUACCGUAGACGCCCUGAAGGAAUACUUUAGACAUUCGGCUGUCAGCGUUCCGGAUGACAUAUUUGCGACAGUUAAAUACGUAAGUCAGCGAGCGGUGUUUUUUCGAAAUCACGAGGCCAAAGGCAUCCUCUGUCUCGCCUUACCCACCAGAACUCCAUUCUUCCACGAUGACCUCAUUGAGAUAUUGCAGGUUAUUCAACGAAACGUUCAGGAAGCCAGGUCUAGGCAGAGCGCAAUUUACGCCAUUACGGCAGCGGAAACCUCCUAUGGAUUAAUUUCGUCCUGUAUACCGUCUAUCGUUUUGAAAUUAUUUUUAAAUCAAUUGUCGAAGAGAUACUCUCUAUGUUUAACGCAUGUUGAUGGAGAUUUACCUGUGGAAGGUAUAGACGGAGCGAUCUACUGGCGACCACCGCAAGGAAACUGCAACAUGUCUAUGACUCUGCACAGACAUGGAAAUGGAGUACGCCUUGGUAUAAUGGGAGAUGCAUUGAUCGGCCCUCAGCAUUUUAUCGUUGCAAGAACGUUUCCUAAAAGUAUACGAAAUCUCGCUGGCAUUCUAGGCGUUCCGACGACACUUAGUCGCAGCCCAAGUCCUAAUCCACUUAAUCCGACUACGUCUCCGGGAUACUGAGCUGAUCAAAAUAUUUGAAAUGGUUGUAAGAUAGUACAGACCGUAAAAGGGCAGGAUACAUUUCCAACAUUUUUUAUUCAAUUUUAUCUUACCAUAUUCUUCUUCAUGAAAUAUAUGGUCGAUUAUAAUCAUAAAACGACGAUAAAAUAUCUGAUAUCAUAUUUAUAAAAUAAAAUAUGAAUAAUUAUACACCUGCAGCAAAGUUGAUGAUAUUAGGUGAUACUUGUCAAAUAAUAACAUAAUAUUUAAAGAUUUAUAUCUAUAUAAUUUAUCUUCGGUUAUUACUUUUCUUUCUACAAUUAGAUGACUAACAAUUUAUAACAGAAAAUUAUCUUUCUGUAAAAUUAUACGUUUAUGUUCUAGAUGCUUACUAAGUACUCAUAUACGUUAUUAAUUAAUUGGUUAUCUUCUGGUCUAAUCUUUGGAUUAAUGACGUUAACAUCAAAGAUUAUUUUGAUAAAACAUUGUUGAAGACACUCGCGCGACAAGCGUAAGAAUGAUAACUUGUAGCAUAAUGUAAUGCAGUAGUUGCUCGUAAGAAAUCGUUAAAUCUGCAUCGUUCAUUAUUUGCGAAAUAAAUUUUGUUGUGUAAAAUACUUUCUUAUAUAUAAUUAUCGCUGUAUUUUACUUUCGUAAAACAGUAGAAAUGUUGAGCGUGUAAACGUCUUUAAAUGUUUCAUCUUUAAAUAUCUUGGAAA